UCAGGACGAGAUGGUUACCCGGGCCCCCUUGGAUUGGAUGGCAAGCCAGGCCUUCCAGGACCCAAGGGGGACAAGGGUGAUCAAGGAGAUAUUGGUCCACGGGGAGAUCCAGGUAAAGAUGGUGCUGCAGGCCCACCAGGUCCUCCUGGACAGCCGGGUACAAGAGGGCCCCCUGGAGACACAGGCAAAGACGGCCCAAAGGGUCCCCCAGGCCUCCCUGGAGAGAAGGGAGAGACUGGAGAAGCUGGCAUCAUGGGUGAGCCUGGUGCCCCAGGAGAAAAGGGUGAUGCUGGAAUCCCAGGAGAACCAGGGGUACAAGGGCCAAAGGGAGAACAAGGAAGCAUUGGUCCUACAGGAGAGAAAGGCAUGGAGGGGCUGCCAGGGCCAAAGGGAAACCAGGGAAGCAUUGGCCCCGUGGGGAAGAGAGGCCCUGAUGGGUUACAAGGGUCAAAGGGAGAACCAGGAAAUAUUGGCCCAAUGGGAGAAAAAGGUAUAGAUGGGCUACCUGGGCCAAAGGGAGAACCAGGAAGUAUUGGCCCAAUGGGGGAGAGAGGUAUAGAUGGGCUACCAGGGCCAAAGGGAGAACCAGGAAGUGUUGGCCCACUGGGAGAAAAAGGCUUAGAUGGGUUACCAGGGCCAAAGGGAAAUCAAGGAAGCAUUGGCCCAGUUGGGGAGAGAGGUAUAGAUGGGCUACCAGGGCCAAAGGGAGAACCAGGAAAUGUUGGUCCUAUGGGAGAAAAAGGCUUAGAUGGGUUACCAGGGCCAAAGGGCAAUCAAGGAAGCAUUGGCCCAGUUGGGGAGAGAGGUAUAGAUGGGCUACCAGGGCCAAAGGGAGAACCAGGAAAUGUUGGUCCUAUGGGAGAAAAGGGCUUAGAUGGGUUACCAGGGCCAAAGGGCAAGCAAGGAAGCAUUGGCCCAGUGGGUGUGAGAGGUAUAGAAGGGCUUCAAGGGCCAAAGGGAGAACCAGGAAAGAUUGGCCCAGCAGGAGAAAAAGGCAUAGAUGGGCUACCGGGGGCAAAGGGAAAACGAGGGAGCAUGGGCCGAGUGGGACAGAGAGGCCUAGCGGGGUUACCAGGGCCAAAGGGAGAAGCAGGAAGCAUUGGCCCAGUGGGAGAAAAUGGCAUGGAUGGCCUACCAGGCCCAAGGGGAGAACCUGGCCCAGUGGGAGAAAAGGGCAUGGAUGGGCUACCUGGGCCAAAGGGAGAACCAGGGGGCAUUGGCCCAAUGGGAGAAAAAGGCAUAGAUGGGCUUCCUGGACCAAAGGGAGAACCAGGAGAUAGUGGCAGAGUGGGAGAGAAAUUUAUAGAUGGGCUACCAGGGCCAAAGGGAGAACCAGGAAGCAUUGGCCCACCGGGAGAAAAGGGAAUGGAUGGGUUACCAGGAUCAAAGGGAGAACCAGGAAGUGUUGGCCCAAUGGGAGAAAGGGGCAUUGAUGGGCUACCUGGGUCACAGGGAGAACCUGGAAGCAUUGGCCCUAAGGGAGAAAAAGGCUUAGAUGGGCUACCAGGGCCCAAGGGAGAACCAGGAAGUAUUGGUGCAGUAGGAGAAAAAUGCAUAGAUGGGCUACCAGGGUCAAAGGGUGAACCUGGUGAGGCAGGAGCAGAUGGACACAUCGGGCCGAGGGGGCCUCCAGGCCUAAAAGGAGAACAAGGUGAUACAGUCAUAAUUGACUACGAUGGCAGGAUUUUGGAAGCUCUAAAGGCUGCAGGGAAACCCAAAUUGACGGGGCCACCAGGUCCUCAAGGGCCCCCGGGUCCCGAAGGACUUCCUGGACCGAAGGGUGAACUUGGGUUGCCUGGUCCACCGGGAGUAGAUGGAGAAAAGGGUCCUAAAGGAUCAAAAGGUGACCAAGGAAGCCCAGGUUCCACAGGACAAAAAGGAGAGAUUGGAGAAGCUGGUAUCACUGGUGCACCAGGUCUUAAAGGGUCAAAAGGAGACCAAGGCACUCCUGGAUUAAUGGGACAGAAGGGAGAGAUAGGAGAAAUGGGCUUAUCUGGUCCACCAGGAAUCGAUGGACCGAAAGGCCAACCUGGUGCACCCUGCAAGCAGGAUCUUGUGCAGAUCAUACCUGAACCAGGACCUCCUGGCUUACCAGGUCAACCAGGCCCAAAAGGUCCCAAAGGAACACAGGGACCUAAGGGUCCUCAAGGAAUUCAAGGACAAAAGGGUUCAGAUGGUGCAAAGGGGGCAAAAGGUGAAAGUGGUCAUAAUGGUGAAAAAGGUGCUCCCGGGCCACAUGGUCCUAUUGGUGCACCAGGGCUUAUUGGCUUACCAGGCACUAAAGGAGAGAAGGGAAAACCAGGGGAACCAGGAUUAGAUGGUUUUCCAGGCCUAAGAGGAGAAAAAGGAGAAAAAAGUGAAAGAGGAGAGAAGGGAGAAAGAGGACUGCCUGGGAGAAAAGGAGCAAAGGGUCAAAAAGGAGAACCGGGUCCCCCUGGAUUGGAUCAGCCUUGUCCAGUGUUCAUUUUUAAAGGGGAGCCAGCUUUACCAGAACUGGAUGGUGUGGAUAUGCUUUGCCCUUUGGGACCAGAUGGAUUACCAGUACCCGGAUGCUGGCACAAGUCCCAGAUGCAAACAGAGGAGAAAGCAAAAAAGAAAAAAAAGAUACAGCCCUAGAAGCAAGACGUGCUGUGCUUUACGGAUGAAUGUAGGAGGAACCUCCCAUCUGGAAAAGUGUAUACAAGUGUUACCAUAUGUGCUGCUACUUGCCUCCACUUUGAAGAAAUCUUUAACAGACAGGGUCAUUGCAACCUACUCUGUCAUCAGUGGCUGCUUCUUCUUGUGAAGAAACCUCUGGAAGAACUCUGCUUGCUUAAGCCUGAGAGAUUCCCUUGCAAGACUUAGUACUGCAGCAUUGAGGAAACUCAGAGCAGUUCACUUGCCAAACAGUUUUUCUUUUCCUUUGAAAAAAAAUGAACAGUGAAGAAAUUCAUCUCAGUUUUCAGAUUUGGAACCCAACCAAAAUUCUGUGUGAUGAAUCUUUCCUAACACCAGGAUAUGAAUGCCAACUACUUGGAGUAAGAUUGAGAAGAUUCCCGUAUGAAGUCCCAUCCUUGUUUCCAUGGACAUCCAGACUUGCUAUAUCAGAACCGAAAAACUGGACCUUCAUUUUCCAUCUGGCUUCCCCACUCCAUAUAUACAACUAAGUACUUCAUUACUUUGAUUAGAACAGUGUAUAAAUAUUUCCCAAACAAAACUAUGUAUAGUCAGAAGUUUAAUAAUAGGAUCAGUAAUUUGUUCAUGGAAGCAGUUCUUUUGGCAGUGGUUUUCCAAAGUACAGAGAUCCCGGAGAAGUUCCACGUUUUGUGAAGUAGCCGCGUUGAUCCCAGGUAGUCCUAUCUCAUGGCAGUGAUACUUGGCAGAAAAAUCAAAUGUGUGAACAGGAGACUUUUCUGAAAAUCACCUGGACUUUCUGGACUAUUGCUUGCUACAAAGAAUGGAGCUGCUCUAGCAGGCAACUCUGAUGGAUUGUGAAAACGAGCACAAAUAAUAAUGGUGGAGUAAAACAUGAUCCCUGAUAUUUAUCUUUGCUAUAACUGGUUUGUGACUUCCUAAUUCCAGAAGUUCAAGCAUGUUCACAUAUAGCCCAUGAUCAGCUUGUGUUUGCAACAAGAAAUGGAUUCAUUUGAAAUAGCACUGCCCACAACUGCGUAAUGCUCUAUAUCCCUCACAAACUAAAGUUGAUUUUUCUGUUUAUAGGCUCACAUACCCAUUCAUUGUUUUCUUCCUAAAUUUGGUCCACUUAUAGGAUCUGCCCUUGAGUAGAGUUUAAUUUAGAAUAUUCCUUUCGGCAGCAGAGGAGACAACAUGGUGCUCACAAGUUCCCACCACUCUUUGUAGACUCAUCACUACCCCCCCCCCCCCCCACAAACACACAUACACUAUUUUGGAGAGCCCCCCAACACUCCAGUGCAUAUGAAGGCAUGAGGAACUACAGGGGGAGAUGGGAAUAUGCAAACAUUGUCAUUUCCCUUUCUGCUACCUGGAUCAGAAACCUUCCAGGGAUAUAAAAAUCUCUUAUAUCUGUGUGAGGGUUAAGAUGGAGUCAAUGUUACACUGUCAACGCUAUCUUCAGACUCCACAUUUGAUCAUUAACCUUUUAUUUAAAAUUGCUGAAGUGUCGCAAUAUUAAAAGAGCAUUUGGGUGUCAAUAAUGCCAUGAGGGCCAUAUGAAUACAGAAAAAAUUGAGGAUGGAAAGAGAGUGAAUAAAAUUUGCUAUGUCUUAACAGGAUUUGGUAUCUGAAAAUCACGAUGCCUGUAAAGGAAAGUUGGGAAGGAAGCUAGUGCUUUGAUAAGGGUGCUGUAAAUAAAACAGGAUUAGAAGAAGAGUUGCCAAUAUCUGGUUUUGGAGAUGGCUAAUAUCUUGAAUGGCUGUUGAGAAAGAAAAGCUUCACCUGGUCCUGCUUAUUCUAUCAGUGGAAUAACAUAUACAUUUUCUACAGAUAUGUUUCUGUUUCACAGCUGUUAAAAGUAAUACUGCUCUCCAUGUGUUAUAGGCUGGCAACCAUAGUUGGAAGAUAUUUCAGAUCUGCUAGAGCAAAAUUGACUCAGAGAAAUUAUGGCUUUGGGCGGGGGGGGGGGGGGGUACCUGAAUCCUUUGACCUCUGUCAACAUCAGGAAGCAGUAAUAGUGAUCAAGCUCUCAUGAGCACUCACAUGUUUACAGAAACCAAGGGAAAUCAUACUUGUGGUUUGAACAAAACCUGGCAAGUUUGACUUUCCCUUCCCCCAUUUAUUUUGGUGCUAAUUGGCUUAAUUCUAAUUCAGGGUUUAAGCCCUCAUUCCUAGCGAUGGGUUGAAGCAUACCCCAAAGUGCUGGUUUGCAUCACUGACUAGGCUUCACUUCUGUAAUGACGACAUGAUGCUCGCUGGUAAUGUAGUUGGAAGAUGUUUUGAGACUGCUAUCCUAUGAAUCUUCAGUAAUAUUAAAUAUUAUUUCCUUUUUUAAUGCUGAUAAAAGUCUCAUAGACAACCUCCACCUGAUGCUUUAAAAUAGUGUACAAGUCUUCAAGGUAGAAGAUGCAUAUUAUACAUUUAAAAAGUAAGAUUGUAAAGUUAACAUUGCUUCAUUUGUUAUAUACUUUGUUGAUUAUGUAUGUUAGCUGUAGAUUUGGCUUUUGAUGCUUAUUUGACAUUAUUUUGCUCCUUAAAGAUAAUCUGUUGUGUAAAUGAAAAAAAAAACUACACCAAAGGAAAGAUUAACUAAUAAUCUUCUCACUUAAAAAAUAUUAAUCUCAGUACAGAAGAUUGGCUUUUUAAAUCCCCUUUGAAAGUCAAAGCAUGUUGUGCAUAGCUCUGCUUUUGCAUAUAAUGCUCUUAUUCAGAUGGCAGAAAUCAAUGGCAAGUCGCAUUGAUCUAUUGAGAGCAACAUCUAUUUUUCUAUCUUCUAGUGAAAUCCUUUACUCCAGCCUAUAUUGUUUUAUUUUUAUAUUGCAUACCAAUGCGCAUUCAUUUAGUGAUAGAAGGAAUGAUAGAAGAACACAGUAAACUGAGAAUACAAAGAAUUUUAUGACUAUGUGGAGAAGAGGGCUUUUGAUUAAGUGGAUGUUUUCCACAAUUAUCACCCAAUCCAGAGGGCGAUAUAUAGACAUGUAUUUUUUUUGGUCAAACCUCUCAAAAUUCCCAUUUCCCCCUACCUGUCUUAAAAGGAUCUGGGGCUGUUCUGCCACCACAAACACGACCUCAAACAUCCCCAAAUUUAGCCCCAUUGACAGGAUAACAUUGUAGGCAGAAGGCCCUGCCACCCUGGUGUAUAAUCAUUUAGGUCCCAUUAAUUUAAAUGCAGGCAGUUCCCAAGUUAUGCACAAGGUAGGUUUUGUAGGUUUGUUUGCAAGUUGUAUUUGUAUAUGUCAGAAUAGGUACAUUUUUAAGUGUAACUCAUACAUUAGCUUUGGAUAGGGUUAGGGUUAGGGUUAACACCCCUGUGGUGUUUGUUUUGGUGUCUGUGCUUCUGUUCAGAUUUCACCUCACUUUCUGUUCCUGUGAGAAUUGGAUGUUGACAAAUUUGGCUUGUUGUGGAAACAAGGAUUGGUGAUAAAGCUCCCUUUUCCCCAUGAUAACUCUUUUCAAGAGUGAAAUUCCCUUCUGAGGAGUAGGUUUCUCUCACUUCUUGUUCUCAGCCCCAUUCUUAACUAUAAGUUGUUUGUAGGUCGGAUGUUUGUAACUUGGGGACUGCCUGUACAUUGCUGUGAUUAGGUACCAUUCCUCAAAUAGUGUUACCAGUUUCCUUUCCAACACAGGAGAUGAUUCAGAGAUAUCUUCAAAAGUACUUCUCAGGGCCAUAUUUCAUGCCGUAGGGUGUCAUGAAAACGUAAUCUGCUUUAAAGCCCAGGAAAUAAUUGACAUUUUGGUAGAAGUGGCCCUUAUUCAUUGCAGCAGUUAAGCCAUCAAAUCACCACUAGAUGUCAGCAUUAUCCAUGGUUUGAAUAAAAGACUUCCGUAUGCAAUUUUCAAAAGCAGUUUUAUUCAGUAUGUGAUGUUUAUGAAGAAUCAUAUUGAUAACAUUGAUACUAAAUUUUGAUGAACAAACAACAUUACCUAAUUAAAUAAAUAAUAAACAAUGUUAUUUUCCACUAUGUCUCCCUGAGGAGGUGGUGGAUAUUGAAUUCAAUUCUUUACCUUAGAAUUUUAGUAUUUGUAAUUAUUUUGUCCAAUUAUAUCCUCAUAAAGUAUCUGCACUAGCACUCUUUGAUGGUUUUAUUUUAUCCUUUUUCAAAAAUUAUUUAUGACAGUCUUUACCAACCUUUAUAUGCUGGAUGAACCCUUGAAAGGAUUUUAAGUUCUCAGGGAAACCCUGCAUAAAAAUUAUUGCAUUUACAGUUCAAAGGCAGAUGUAUUUAAAAACAAAACACAAAAUCCCAGGCUCUUGCAGAACCACAGCAAUCUCUUGUAGAGCCCUGCUUUAGGCAGUUUCUGCUUCCAAUAUAAUAUCCAGUAAAAUGACUGAUAAAUACCAACUUCUUCUAAAGUGCAUACUGAAUAAACUGCACUCACAGCAGAUGUUCAUUUGGGAAAAGCAAGCAUUUCUAUGGAAAAAACAUACCCAGUAUUCAACCGAUGGCCUGAUUUUAGUGUAGAUGUUAGCCCCCCACCCCCAUAUCUCUGGGGUUAGGGGCCCACAAAAGUGGAAAGAUGUGAAUUUAAAAUGAAUUUUUUUACCUGAGAAAAUACCUCUUUCUGUUGGAAGUUUACCACAAAAUUGCACUGGAGGAGCUAGAGAUACUAGAGCAGUGGUUCUCAACCUGUGGUUCCCAGAUGUUUUUGGCCCACAACUCCCAGAAAUCCCAGCCAGUUUACCAGCUGUUAAGAUUUCUGGGAGUUGAAGGCCAAAACAUCUGGGGACCCCAGGUUGAGAACCACUGGUCUAGAGAGAACAUUUUAAUCAGAUCCAUAAAAGACAAAGUCACAAAAGGGGCGCACAGAUUGUACUUUUUGAUGGGAUACAUUUAUAGUCCUGAAAGAAUGAAAUAAUCCUAAUACAUGUUCUCUAGGUAUGAUCCAUCCCAAAUUACUCACUAUUUAAUCCCAAUGACUUAAAAGGUAGACCAAUACAUAAUGUUCAUGCUUACAUCUCUACCACUGAAAAGAAUGGGAAGUGGAAGUAUUUCAUUUUUUGAUUCAUCAUGCCUCUAAUUGCCACAAAGUGCUAGAUCACAGAGAACUGAAAAGGCAUUCUUCCUUUUUAAAACCAAAACUAGGCCGUACUGGAAACAUUUGAUUCUAAACUGGAUUUCACUUAGGAUAUACAGUCUACAGUUACAACUAUCAAUUCAUCUUACUCCUGCCUUUUAUCAGUUUUGAGGUUUUGCUCUAAUUAGACUGAAUGCCCACAUGCCUUUCUCCCUUUCCCUUCCAAGGAAACUCUGAUUAUUUUUAAUAUAUAUUUGCGAAGUAUUGAUAGUUCAAAUCCACAGGUGCCAAAGUUAGUGGUAUUUUAAUGCUAACUUGCUACUUUUCACUGCAUAGAGAGAACAGGAACUUGGGUAAUCUAAGAAAUGUGCCCUACUUCAGAGAUGAUACAGUAAAUCUGUACUGACUGACUUGUAAAUAAUUAUGGUGCGUUUCUACAGCUCUGGUUAGCUACCAGUUUUCCUUGACACCACCUUGAGGGUAAAUCAAAGGUGGGGGCCAGCCCAAAAAGGUCACUUGCCAUUGGCUUACACUGCCAUAGAUGCCUCUCUUGCCAUACCUCUUUCAUCUCUACCUUGGCAGCUUGGAGGUCAGAAGAUGUCUCCAAAGGGGAAUCCUAUGGGCCACAGCCUCCUAUUGUUGACCCCUAUUCUACAGGGUGCUGAGCAAUAAAGUUCAGGAAGAGAUCUUGAUUAUUAAUAAUUCAAGUUCCCUUUAUUUCACUUGGAACCAUAGGUUCAAAACAAAAAUAGACUGCAUAUGCUCUACCCUUAAGUGCAAUUAUGAGUAAAAAAUCAAUAUGUUGUGUCUUUUAUAUUCUAUAAAAACUCUUAUUCAGUACAUAUGUAGAACAUGUAUGACUGCAGGUGAAUGAAGAGGCUGACAGAUUCCAGUCUGGCUUACUUCGCUGUGCUGGAGUUUAAGGUUAACGUUAGAUACGUCUUUUCAUGUGACGAAUUCUGUUCACCGGGCAAGAGAUAAGGGCUUUUGACAGUUAUGUCUCCUGUAAGGAACUUUGUGGAAUGUAUUUAUAGGCUUUAUACUUUUAAAAAAAGGAAACUCUGCCGAGCUUCAGUAAAAUGUAUAGCUUUGCUUUAAAAUGAAGUUAAAGGCGAAGAUUUUAUGUAACAGGCCUAUUACUGAUUACAACUUUCUAUACAUUUUCUAACAUGUUACAUGCCACAACAAGUGUUAUAUUAGUUGUAAUAAGGGGGAACAACUAUUUUUAAAUGAAGGCAUUAAUACAGUAUUAUGCAUUAUUGAAUAAAAAUAAAGGACUUGUACUGAUCAAUUGUUUUGUAAAUUUUACAACAGGCACUGCACUGUUUUGCAGUGUUCCCACUAUUUUGUGCUUUAAUCCAUAGCAAGAGUUGAUAUUUGAACAGUUUAAAAAUAAACUGCUUAUUGUACAUACA